CCAAGAAGCCCCCAGAGCGGGUCAGACAGGGGCAGCCCCCCACCUUCCAGGCUGGCAGCGAGCCCCAAGAUCCCCAAACCCCGCGGGCCUUGUAACAGAGAGUGAAGUCAUGAAGUCUUCCAAGACCUUCAUGAGAAACCCGCCCAUCGCACCUGGCUACAGUGGCUUCAUACCGUACCUCAGCUGCCAGGGGGCCACCGAUGAGAACGACAUGUCGCGCUGCCUGCAAGUCUUCCAGGAGAAAACGCAGCGGUAUAAAGACCAGCAGGAGGAGUUCUGCUGCUCCGUGGCCACAGCCCCGAAGCUGAAGCCCCUCUGCUGCGAGGAGGCGGUUCUGCGGACCCUGCACCAGUACUACCGGCAGUACCACCCCUUGAGCCUGGAAAGCAAACACAUCAAGAAGCCGCUGCAGGAGCCCCCGAUUCCUGGCUGGGCUGGCUACCUGCCCAGAGCCAGGGUCACUGAGCUGGGCUGUGCCACACGCUACUCUGUCAUGGCCAGAAACUGCUACAAGGACUUUCUGAAUCUCAUGGAGAAGGCCAAAAGAGCACCCCUAAAGCCCUACGAGGAAAUAUAUGGAGUUAGGGCCACACAGCCUCCUCCUGCUUCUUCUCCAAAUGUCUUGCAGCACGAGGGGCUGUCACCCAAAUAUCUGGAUUUCUCUGCCCCAGGUAGUGGCUGUUCUGCCAUUGGAAGACCCUUGAGGGAGGAGCCCUGUCCUCUGGUCAACUGCAGCUCCACUCACAGGCCAACGUUGUCACGGAACGGGAAGUUUUAUCUAGAGCCACUGUGCUCAGCAAAUUAUGCAGAAGGCCAGGAAAAUGGUGUCUCCCUCCAGGAGAGGUGUGCUGUAAGCUCUCCAUUCUUACAUGAGAAUCAGCCCCUCGUUCAUGCCCCCACAGGGGCACUAGGGGAGCUUUGUAACGUCUGAAUCCUUUUAACUGCUGCAUGCACCCUGACCUGUUGGCAAUAGUGUGUUAUAAAAGAUAAAGACCUUCCACUGUCGUGUGGGAAUAAAGAGGAU